GCGUGCACGGCGUUUGUUUAUACAACCAGUUUCGCCUCGUUGCACGCAACGCGCGUUUCUCGUUUUCGGUUAUCAUCUGAGUUUUCCUGUCUGUAUUCUGCCCUUCGACCGACCGACCCACCGACAAACCCUCCGACCGGCCACGGACUGACUGAUAAGAUUUGCGGACCGAUUUCCGACUUUGCUACCGGGCAGAAUGUCCAACGCAAGGAAUCGCCGACACAGAAGAGACCGCACGGACGCGCAGUACGCAGCGGCAAUGAUGAGGCGACAGCGUGUGCUGCGGGACCGCCUGAACCCCUUUGAGGAUUUCGACGAGGAUGGGCUGCAGCAACGGUUCCGAUUUGGAAGAGCGGGCAUAAUGUUUCUCGCCGACACACUGCGUCCGGACUUGGAGCGCCGUACACGUCGUAGCCGCGCCCUCUCUGCGGAGCAGCAAGUGAUCAUCGCCUUGCAGUUCUACGCAACUGGGAACUUUCUGAUCACUGCAGGCGACUACAUCCGCGUGCAUGUGUCAAGUGCUUCACGGGCUGUGAGGCAAGUCACCGUAGCGCUGGCUCGUCGAGCACAAGACUUCAUACGAUGGCCUGACGCUGCGGAGGGGGCAGCCUUGCAGCACAAGUUCUACGACAUGGCCGGCUUUCCUUUGGUCGUGGGUGCUGUUGACGGUACCCAUGUCCGGAUCCAGGCACCCCAUGUGCACGAGGAGGCGUACGUCAACCGCCAUGGAUACCAUUCCAUCAACGUACAGGUGGUCGUUGACGCCUCUUCUCGGAUUCGCAACGUGGUUGCAAGGUGGCCUGGAAGCACCCACGACUCUCGGAUCUUCACGGAGAGCACCUUGGCAGUCAAGCUGGCCAGUGGAGAGUACGACGGCCUGCUGCUUGGUGACAGCGGCUACUCCUGUCAACCUUGGCUGAUGACGCCAUUCCUGUCGCCGUCAUCAGCAGCCGAGGUCGCAUACAAUACGGCACACACGACGACAAGAAGCAUUGUUGAACGGACAAUCGGCCAACUCAAGCGGAGGUUCCAUUGCCUUCACGCUGAGCUCCGAAUGGCUCCAGAACGGUGCUGCGACAUCAUUGUCGCGUGCAGUGCCCUCCACAACCUGGCCAAGAGGUACCCCUGCAGGACACCCGUGGCCGCCAUCCCCGCUGAGGUUCCCGUUGAGCCCGUAGCAGCCAACCGUGCUGAGAGCAACGAGGCCCGAGACUUUAUUGUCAACCAUUUCUUCGGCUAAGUAUCCUGCUGUCGCUCGGCCCUUCUCUGGUACUGCUGUGCAGCCUCACGGGUCCAGCGCUGGUUGUGCUGCACAACAGGAGAGGCCAGUGUUCUCUGUGCUGCGUCGUCUUCAACUGUACUGCUGCCAGAUGACGAGGGUGGCGGCGUCGUCACCCUUCCCGUGCAGCUGCUGUAGUGACACGCAUGACCAGGAAAUUGUUUGAGGUUAAAGGGAUACUACAACAAAAUUUCGGGUUUCAUUUUUUGGUCUAUAUGUGUUCGAAGGAGCAGUAUCA